AUGCAUGUCGUUAGGAUUAAGAAGUGCAACCAUGGUCGUCGUGCUGUGAUGAAGAAAUGCUGGGGGAAAGAACACUGGCAGGCACUUCUUGGGCUGCCCAGUGGAGAACAGGUGCAGGAUUGCCUGAAAGAGCUAUGGAAGGAGCUGAAGGUCACUAGGCGCUGUGAAGCAAGGGCGAAUGAAGCUUUGCAUGAUGCCCUGGAGAGCAGUGACACUGCUGUCUUGGCUAGAGUUGCCUUGCAGGAAGAAGUGAAUCGUACCAAACAUGUGGCUCAGCGCAUCUGUAACACCUACGAGAGGAAGGCCGCCGUCACAGUGAUCGACAAGAGCAAGAUGAUGUACCUGGUCUACUGCCUGCUUGGAGUGAUCGUCUUUCUGGUGGUUGCUAUCCUGUUCAAUGCCAAGUGA